AUGGAUCUUUUCUGUAUAUUCUUGCUCUCAAUUCUGACAGCUUCCAGUCAAAGUGAUGAUGGCGAACCAAAGUCAGUUGUCAUAGAAACUCCUUCCGGUCCAGUUAGAGGUUACCAGGAGUUCGUAAAGAAUGAUCGUUCAGUCUAUCGGUUCAUUGGAAUUCCCUAUGCGAAGCCGCCCGUGGGAAACCUCAGGUUCCGGAAACCAGAACCGGUCGAAAGAUGGACGGAAGUAAAGGGUAUUUCGGAGCUUCAUGGACCGGCGUGCAUGCAACAAGAUAUUGGAAUGGAGAUGGGGUAUAUCCCAGAAUAUUCCGAAGACUGCCUUCAACUGAAUGUGUACGUUCCGGGGGAAGUUUCUCCUAAAAACAGUCUAUCAGUAAUGGUGUGGGUCCACGGGGGUGGGUUUGUUAUAGGAUUUGCCGGUGAGACAAACGGUCAAAGACUAGCAGCGGAAGGUGAUGUCAUCGUGGUAACGAUAAAUUACAGGCUAGGAUUAUUUGGUUUCUUGAAUUUGCUCGAUCCAGUUUCGAAGGGAAACUAUGGACUUUGGGAUCAGAUGAUGGCGUUCCGUUGGGUCCAUAAGAAUAUAGCAGCAUUUGGAGGAAAUCCGGAAUCCGUUACUAUUUUCGGUGAAUCGGCCGGCGGAAUGAGUGUCCAUUUUCAGACUUUGAUCCCAGCAAAUGCCGGGAUGUUCCAAAGAGCUAUUUCCAUGAGUGGUGUAGUAAAUAGACAGGUCAUCACUCAAGAUUCCGACGUAGAAAAAGUUAACAUGAGGAUUUCGGAAAAGACGAACUGUCCAAUGGAGAAUAAAGCCGAGUUCUUUGCUUGUCUCCAAAAACUUUCAACAAAAGAAGUUUUGGAUGCUGUCAAUAUUUAUGAUUUUAUGGCACCUGAUAACUAUACGGUAGAAAUGUUGAUGGGUCCGUGUAAGGACGAUGAAUUGAUCAAGAACAAGUUGUAUUUUACGAUGCAUGACGAAAAUUCUCCGGAAGGCGAGUUCUUUCGAUCUUUGGAUUUUAUGGCAGGAACAACAAGUGCUGAAGGAUCGCUGUUGUAUUACACUCUUCUGCCUGAACUCCAAGAGACACACAACUUCUCCGUCGAGGAAGGAAUUUCACGGAAUAUCCUCUGUGACGUCAUUAUACCUGGUCUAGUGCAAGAGUUGUUUGGAAACAAACCGGAGAUGAGUCAGAAACUUUGUGACUUUUACACCACAGAUGAAGGAGACGAUGCCCAAAGUAACCGAGCUACCGACUUCUACGGGGAUACUGUGAUGGUUGCCCCAGCAACAAGUGCUCUUAUUGCGCAUGCCAGAAACAAUGCAAAUCAUAAAACUUUCCACUACAUUUUGUCUGCAGUAAGCCCGCUCCCUUAUGGUCCGCCACCUCCCUCAUGGUUUAGAGGAGCGGGCCACGCAGACGACCUGUAUCAUCUUUUUGACAUGCCCGUUCUUCCGGUUUAUAACCAUACAGAAGAAAGACAUAACAGACUCAGUGAAAAAAUUAUCCGAUAUUUCUCCAAUUUCGCUAAAACUGGGGAUCCAAAUUCUGAGGAAACUCCUGUGAGGUGGCCUACUUAUGACGUCAAUAAGCGGGAAUAUCUCGAUUUUGACUUUGAAAUCUCUGUGAAGAAAGAUUUUAAUGUUGGGGCCACAAGAAUAAUGUUCCCUGAACUAAAAGAACUUCAGGAUGACAUGAAAGAGGAACUGUGAUCCAGAUGGAAUUAAAAGAUAACAUUUUUGAAGAUUUCUUAAAUUAUAUUUAUCUUUUUCACCUUUUUUCUACUUCAAUGACAUUUUUUUAUGCAAACCUCAAAACACGCAUAAUUAUUGUUGGAACAUAUAUUUAUUGUAUAUA